CAGAGGCUAUGUUGUGUCACUGUUUAAAGAAUAAAGACUUUGUACUCUGUCUGCAAUUUGUGUGAAAACUCAGUGGCGGUCCCGCUCACUGCUCCUGGCAGACAUCCCAGUGGCUUCUGCAUCCAGAACUGGGGGGAAGGGAGAUGGAGAGCAAACACCAUAAAUCCACUCCCACUUCCUCCCACACACAUCUCCGGGGAUCAGGCUGUUUAGCGAACCAAAGAACAAGAAGGAAUUCCAGAGCAGGAAGAAUAAUUUGUUCUCCAUGUUGUUAAAAGGAGCUGGUUGUUUUUGUUAGACUUGAUGUUUAUUGUGGCUUACUGGAAAUUGCUAUCUGCCGUUUUCUUGGAUUUCUGUAAGUUCAGCAGUACAAGAAGUUUCAACAAAUCGUAUGACAAAUGAUGUGCCUUUUUCAUAUAACGGGAAGCCAUGAAGUUUACCAGGGAAGACAGUGGUAAGAAAAUGAGCUGCCUACAUAUUUGGCUCAUUUUAUGUUUGUUUCUAAGAACCUGUGUAUCAAGUCCUCCAAAACCCAACUUUUUACUGAUACUGGCUGAUGAUCUUGGUAUUGGAGAUGUGGGUUGUUACGGCAAUGAUACUAUUAGGACACCUCACAUUGAUGGUCUGGCAAAGGAAGGAGUGAGACUUACUCAGCACAUUGCUGCAGCUGCUGUCUGUACUCCCAGCAGGUCAGCCUUCCUGACUGGCAGAUAUCCCAUCAGAUCAGGCAUGGCAUCCAGCACAGAACGGCGCAUUCUUUUUUGGAACGGGUGUUCUGGUGGACUCCCACCAAAUGAAACUACUUUUGCCAGAGUGCUGCACCAGCAAGGAUAUUCUACAGCACUUGUGGGGAAGUGGCAUUUGGGUGUGAACUGCAAAUCCCACCGUGAUCACUGCCACCACCCUUUAAAUCAUGGCUUUGAAUAUUUUUAUGGCAUGCCUUUUACUAUUUUGAAUGAGUGUCAAGGCACUGAUGACCCUGAACUGGCCAAGUCUUUGCAAGAUACUUAUUGGCUUUAUACACAGAUAAUCUUCCUAGCAGUGUUUACACUUUUGUUUGGAAAACUUACCUGCUUAUUCUCAGUAAAAUGGAAAAUAAUAGUAUGUGUGACCAUCUUUGGUCUCCUGUAUUUCCUUUCCUGGUUCUCCAGCUAUGGAUUCACCAAGUACUGGAACUGUAUUGUGAUGAGAAACCAUGAAAUCACAGAACAACCAAUGAAUCUAGAAAAAACUACUUCUAAUAUGCUGAAGGAGGCAGUUUCAUUUAUUGAAAGAAACAAGCACAGACCAUUUCUUCUCUUUUUUUCCUUCUUACAUGUUCACACCCCACUCAUUACCACAAAGGAGUUUCUGGGAAGAAGCAGGCAUGGCCUGUAUGGAGAUAAUGUAGAGGAAAUGGACUGGAUGGUGGGUAAGUCGUGAUCUCGAAGGAAAUAAUUC